CUCCCCGCCGCGCGGGGCAUGCUGGGAGUUGUAGUCAGCUCCGCGGGGCAGCCCCAGCUACCCUAUAGGGUGUCACCGCCGGCGGGAACUACACGGCGGAACGGGCGGAGCGGCGGCUUCCGGGAGGAGCAUGGACCGGUUCGUGGUGCGCAAGGCCCGCUGCCCGGAGAGCCCCCGCCGGGCCGGGCCGGCCCCCCGCGCGUACCGGCAGGCAACCCUCGAGUCCCUCAAGGCAGUUGUGGUCGUGGAAGACAUAAAACGAUGGAAAUCUAUGCUUGAGCUUCCUGGACAACCAAAAGAGAAUCUGAUUGAAGCUUUGGAGGAGCUGAAGAAGAAGAUACCUUCCAAAGAAGUGCUACUUUCAACAAAAAUAGGUCACACAGUGAAUAAGAUGCGCAGGCAUUCGGAUCACGAGGUGGCCAGCCUUGCCAAAGAGAUUUACACAGAGUGGAGAACUUUCAUCAAAGACCAUUCAAACAAGCCCUCAAUAGAGGUCAGGAGCGAUCCCAAGACUGAGGCUUUCAGAAAGAACGCACGGAAGCUGCUUUGUGAAGCCCUGGUUCUAGAGAUUGAUCACCCACUGGCUGAAAAUAUUGAGCGAGAAGCUUUUCACCUCUCUUCCCGUCUCAUUAGCGCUCCGUAUCGCAGGAUGGUGCGAGCUCUUGUCUUCUCAUUAAAGCACAAACCUGAAAUCCAAGCAGAAGUCAAGGCUGGCACACUCACUGUCCCUGCGUUCGUGAAGAGCCAUAAAAAGUGAGGUGUUGUGCUUGAUCCCGAGUGAGAACUUCGUGUGCCUACAUCUCUGUUGUGGAACUAGGAGCCCUUUCUGUCGCGAGGGGAGUGCAGACAGUGCUGACAGUGUGACUCACAACCUGUUCAUGUUCACAUGAACAGGGCUGCUGAAGACAAGAACUACUAAUGAUGAAAGUGGUGCUGUAAGUCUGACUUGGCCUGUUGCAAGGAAAGUUUGUUCUAUUCUCCUGUGUAUUUCCCUGCUACAAAACCAUUCUUGCUGACUCAGCUGUUUCUCACUUCCACCCAUUUGUCAUACCUCAGUUUAGCUCCAUCCCUCAUGUGGAUCUGCAGGUGUAAUCAGCUGAAUAUAGCAUAAAAGAGCAGCUCUGUGCUGUGCUGGUAGGAAAUACUGGGAAUUCAGGGUAAUUGGUCCAUGGGAAAGAUUCCUAGUGGAUAACUGCAAACUCCAGUUAACCCUAGAUCAGCCACAUCUGCUGUAGCUGGGCCCUGCCAGUGGCAAGAGCUAACUGUUUUGCCAAGCUGGGUGAUUUCCCUUUGCUACAUUCCAGAGUUGGAUGCAAAAUGGGUUUUGGUAACUUGCUAUCCAUUAUUGCAUAGGCUCAGUCAUCCUGUGAUUGUGGGCAUUUUUAAAUCCCUGGAAUGAAAUCAACAUGCCCUGGAAUAUAGGUGCUAUCUAACGUGUCUGCUGUUUAACAAGCAGCUCACUCAGACUUCCAUACCUCACUAAUGAUUUAAAUGUGGUGCUUGUUCUUACUGUAAUGUGAAAAAAGAAACUUGAAAUGAAUUUUCUAAAUAAAAUUAGGUUAUAAAAAAUAUAGUCCUUUGAAAGGCUUUUUUCCCCUAAAAGCAGCAUGAUUCAGAAUGAUUGGGUGAACAAACGUAAGCAAAACUAUUGUUUAAAUUUCUUCUAGUUAUUAAAAACUGGAAAUCUUGCCUCUCAUACUUGCUCUGAUUUCUUUAGUGCCACAAGUGAUCUUGUUCUCCAUAAGCUAUUAUUAAGGCUGUGACAGGCAUGGUGUUUCUCUGCUGUUAGGUAAUAAAGUGCUCCCUGUUUUCUGUGUGUGUAUGCACACAAGGGACUGGUCACAAACAUUUAUCUCAGUUAUCAGGGUAGACAGAACAGAGUAUGGGGAUGAGUGAAACCUGCCUGUUCACCAUCAUAAGAAUUGAAGUCUUAAUAUGCUAUAAGGAAGCAUCUUAUGAUGGUUGUGGUUGGCACUCCUGUCACUUAAGGAUGAAUAACAUGGGAAAACUAUGAAUUAGUCUUUAUUCAGACCUUCACCCUAACCCCUGACUGACUCAUGUGGACCUGAUAAAUAGUUGUUUUCUUCUGUGGCCACUAGAAGCUAAAGAAACACCCAAAACUCACCUAAGGUGUUGAACUCCAUAAACUGAAUUAGACAACUGCAGGUUCUCUUAAAACCAUCUAAACCCUGUUGUGUUUGCUUGGGCCAGUGCCAGAAAGCCCAUUUUGUCCUGUACAUAUUGUGAAGGUACGUUCAGAGAGCUGGCUUCUCUGAACACAGCAGUGCUCUGGUGUGCAGACAUUUCAUCUGAGGGAAGUUAAGUGUGUUGGAGACAGUAUGAGAGAGAAACUGUCAGAUAUAUGGGAGGUGACUACAUGAAUAAUAUGUCAAUAAAGACUUAACAGUUGGUGACCAGGCUGUAGCAAGA